AUGAAAAUAAGCACAACUCCUGACCCACGAUUAUAUACAAAUUUUCAUGCCAGAAGUCAAAUGCUUUUAAAUAGCAGCUUCAUUUUAAACCACUCAAGUGUGUACCAAAGCUCCAUCUCAAAUUCCUCAUUACAAUCAUCUAAUAAAUUCGAUUUAUUCCACACAAAAAGGAGAACUCCACGGUUUUCUCGAUCAAAUGACCCUCUCAGCAAGCCAUCAUCUCCACUUUUUACUCCAAAAUCAAAAAUAAAACUAGAAAAAAUCCCACAAAUACAGUUCCCAAUAAAUGAAAAAAUCGAGAUCCCAAAAUUCCAACAUACUUUUUAUAAGAAGUUUAUUGAUAUGAAGUCCUUAGUCCUCUUCAAUAAGCGAGCAGAACUAUAAAAAAAAUCAAGCCGUUUUAGAAAUCCACCCUCUAUAAGCUAUAUGAAAAGAUUUUAAAUAUAAAUACUAUAACAAAAGAACUAAAGGAUUAAUUUUAUUGAAUGUUACUUUUUAAAUUGUAUCUUGAAAUUUUUAAACUUUGGAAAAAAAUUAAUGAUAGAAAUUUAUAUAUAACAUUUUUAAAAAAAAUAAACUAGCUCAGAGUAGGGGGAAGCUAGAUAUAAGUGUAAUCAAUGCAAGAAAAUUCAAUGUAAAUGUGAAGGAAAAUCGAGGGAUGAAUUCGUCUUACUCCCUCCAUGAGCGAACUAAACCAUUGAAUAAUUCCCUAUUUUUUGCCAAAAAAUCUCCGUAAGUGUACAAAACUUUUUUAUGAAAAAAAUUUUGAUAUAUAAAUGAUAAUUAUUAUAACGUAAUCUCUAGCUGAUUCUUUUUAUUUUUAAAUUUUUUGCAUUUAAAGACAUAAAUUUUGCAAAUUAAAUUAACUUUUACUUCUAAACUGAAUUUUUUGAAAAACAAAAUAUUACUAUAAAUUUUUCUAAAAAUAAAUCCAUAAGCAAACAAAAAUUUUUCGUUGCUCAAAGAGGCGGUAGUUAGAAACUACGAAAAAAAUAAAGCUGUUAAUAAAGAAGAGAAAUCAUAUCAUUAAUGAAAUCAAUGAUGGAUUCCAAUUUAAACACAAAAAAAUUGUACCAAGAAUCGGUAGAAGCUUUACACCUAAAUUCCGAUGUAAAACAAGCAAAGAUCCUUCUGAUUUGGUAGAAAUAGCAAGAAAGCUGAUGAAAAGUGAUGAUGAUGUAGAAAUUUAA